AUGACCGCUGGAGAAAUUGCAGUUAAUCUUGCAGAAAAAGAUAUAAUUCCUGUUGGGAACUCACGUGCAACUUGGCUGGAAAUCAAAAAUGAUACAGACGACCAAAUUCAAAUUCAAGUGUCAGGAGUUUCAAAUGGUGAUUGGGACGGAGACUCUCGUCCAGAUCAUAAGUUUCAAGAUAGUGUAAUUCAACGCCAUUCAUCGAAAAAAGAACGUCAAGAACUGAACUCGAAAAAUGACAGUGCAUGGUCAACAAUGACAGUGUUCUGCGAUGGUAAAGAGCAGUUUGCUAUGCGUGUUAAUCAGUGGUGGGUGGGUGGCGGACUUCCAGAAGAUACGGAUUAUACCAAUGGCUACCACGUACGAGCAAGUGUCCCGGAACCAAAUGAAUUGGUCCUCUCAAUUACAAAGAAAUGA